AUGAGGCGUGACUUGACUCGACCUAGUCCUUCAAUUAACUUGAUCAAUGAUAAUGAAGGGGAAUUUGAAUAUCAGAGGUUGCAUGAAGGCUCACAAUCACCAGUAAAUCCAUUUGAACCAGAAGAACAACAGCAACAGCAACAACUGUACCAUUAUGAUUACUCACCACCACAUCUGACUGACUCAGAUUCGUUUCAUUUUCAACGAGGGAGGAGCGAUAAUGAUAAUAACGGGUUUGACGAGUAUCAAGCGCAGGAGCAGAAUCAAUACAAUAAUAGCUCUCAAAAUGUACUCACCUACAAUCAAUAUGUACAUCGGGGUUACCCUGAUUCAAGUGAUUCACAAUCACUAUACUCACAAUCGCCUAUGCUUCCUCGAGCUCGAUCAUUUCAGCCACUGCUAAAUGGAAGAGGCACUACACCACCACCUCCUCGAACAAGACCAACCCUGGAACUUCUUUCAACUACACCAACCACAAUCCCGGCUUAUGAUCGAUAUCCAAAGCAAUAUGCCACUUCAACACAAUUAUCGAGCUCGAGCUUACUUUAUGAUGAUGACAUGAACAAUUCAAUCUCGUCGCCAUCGUAUGAUAAUGAUUUCUCCCCUUUUGGUGGGUACCCAGCUAGUCAGUUCCCACUAAGUAUUGAUGAAAAAGAACCAGAUGAUUAUUUGCACAAUCCUGAUCCAGUAUUGGAUGCUGAUUAUAAUCGUAAUCGAUUCAUUUACGAUUUGAAACAUAUGGAUAGACGAUCAUUCAAUGGGGCUCUUGCUUUAAUAGUAAUGGUGUUGGCGGCAAUCGGUGUGUUUAUCAUAUUGCCAGUAUUGACAUUUACAAACUCCAAUCCAAAAGUUCGUCCUCAAGUUUUUGAAGUAUUGACGCAUUAUGAGUAUCCAAUGUUGAGUGCUAUACGUCAAGAUCUCGUUGACCCAGACACCCCAGCAGAAGCUUUAACUAAUGUGGGCCAAGAUGGUCGAACUUGGAAAUUGGUAUUUUCAGACGAAUUCAAUGCCGAAGGAAGAACUUUUUACGAUGGUGAUGAUCAAUUCUUUACAGCACCUGAUUUCCACUAUGCUGCGACUCAAGAUCUCGAAUGGUAUGACCCAGACGCGGCAACCACCGCCAAUGGAACUUUAGAAUUAACUAUGGAUGCAUUCAAGAAUCAUGAAUUAUUUUAUCGUUCGGGAAUGGUUCAAUCUUGGAACAAAAUGUGCUACACCCAGGGUAAAUUGGAGUUUUCAGCCCUGUUACCUGGUUAUGGAAACAUUUCUGGGCUAUGGCCUGGGUUGUGGUCGAUGGGGAAUCUAGGACGGCCAGGUUAUUUGGCGACAACAGAAGGUGUGUGGCCAUAUACAUACGAUACUUGUGAUGCAGGAAUCACACCAAACCAGUCUUCUCCUGAUGGUAUCUCAUACCUUCCUGGACAACGAUUGAACAAAUGCACAUGUCCUGGCGAGUCACACCCCAAUCCCGGUGUUGGAAGGGGAGCACCUGAAAUUGAUGCGUUGGAAGGUGAAAUCCAUGGUAUAAUUGGUCGUGUUUCUCAAUCAUUACAAAUUGCUCCCUAUGAUAUCUGGUACAUGCCUGACUACGAUUUCAUUGAGAUUUAUAAUUCAUCAGUAACAUUGAUGAAUACGUAUGCUGGUGGUCCUUUUCAACAGGCGGUGUCUGGAGUUACCAUGUUGAAUACAACUUGGUAUCAAUUUGGUCAAGAUUCGGGUAGAUUUCAAAAGUUUGGUUAUGAGUAUCUAAAUGAUGAUGCAACUGGAUACAUCACUUGGUUUGUUGGUGAUGAUGCUACAUUUACAAUGAAGUCAACGUCACUACAUCCUAAUGGAAAUGUUGGGUGGAGACAGAUUCCAAAAGAACCCAUUAGCAUCAUUAUGAAUUUAGGUCUAUCCAACUCGUGGGCAUAUAUCGAUUGGCCAAGCUUGGUUUUUCCUAGUAAAAUGAGAGUCGAUUAUGUACGAGUGUAUCAGCCAGAAGACGAGGUGAAUAUGGGAUGUGAUCCACCAGAUUUCCCCACUUAUGACUACAUCCAACAACAUUUGAACAUUUAUCAAGAUAUGAAUCUCACAACGUUUGAAGAUGGUGGCUAUAAAUUCCCCAAGAAUAAGUUGACAGGAUGCUAA